AUGGGCGACUCAGAGACGAAAACCAUACUCCCCAUAGACGCCGAGCCGGCUGGUACGCUCGACGGAAUGGAUUACAGCUCUCUCGAAUCUAUCAUCAAGUCCAAAAUACCACAUGGCUCGAUUAGACAAGGCUCGGAACAUCUGCAAGGGCAUGCCGAACACGGCGAACUCGAGUCACACGAGGUCAUCGAACUUCAGGCAUUCAGUGAGAGGAAGGAAUGGAUAGUGGACAAAAUCAAAUUCCUAGGAAACAUGCCGCCAAUAGAAUUGUUCGCUGGUCUUGAUGCCGUACGCAUAUCGGCUGAUGUCGUCCCAGGAUUGCCCACUCGUGAGGAGCUCAACGAAUGGCUCGUUGAACACGACAAAAUAGAGAAGGAGACGGAGGCUUUUGAUUCUGGGGAACUCAAAAAGUUCAAGCAAUUCACGAAGGCUACAGCCCAGCGCAAUCUCUCCCCGGAGGAUACGGACCUCAUCGAGCUGACCUUGACAACCAUCUACGAAUUUGACAAGCUCCUGCAUCUACUUCGAGGCAGGUCCGAAAAUUUAGACCUCCUCGGUGUCCGACUUACUUGGGAGGAACAACGUCGAGCUGCUUGGGCAGACCGACGAAGUAUCCUCGUCGACUUGAAAGCCUUCCUCGCCACCCGGGCUAGAUGGUCAUCAGCAGUGUAUGACAUCACGAACCUACAGGAAGAAGCUUCUUCGCGCCGAGGUUCUAUUAUGUCCACUACCUCGGACGCUUCAGUUACAUCAUCUCCCGGUUUCUCUCGUGCCGCUCGGUUCAAAAUAGCGGAAGCCUUGUCUAGAGAUGCAGCUACGUUUGCCAGUCGGAUAUCAGCUCUUCGUCACGGCAAAAUCUCUGCAGCAGGAAAGGCUUUGGAUAGGCUCAUAGACCACAGUCGGAAGCCCGUCCCGGACGAGCUGCUCGACGAGCAGGACAAGUUGGAAGACCAAGGGAUCAAUGAGAUGGAAAACGUAGGAAAGUUUGUUAUGAGCGUAGUCACGCAAUGGAGAAAGGCUGAUGAGUUGUUUGUCGAAACGGCAAAAGAUCAAGCUGCCGCUCAAACUCUGUUUGAAGAGAUUGAGACCGCGAAGCUGAGUCACCCAUCAGCACGCCAGGAUACCGCCUAUACCUCUCGAGCAGGUGCCAUUAUGAAAAGGCUUAGUGCAAGAGAAAAUCCAGCAUCGCCUGCGAGCAUCUUCCCUCGACCAACUCAUCAUCUCUUUCCUGAUCAAACUAUCACGAAUGAAGAGAUCUCGCAACAACUUUCGUCAGAUUUGUCUGCUGCUACUGCGUUAGCCGAACAAGUCGAGAAGGGUGCUCAGGAAUAUCAUGCAUUCUUCGAAGCUGUAGGGCAAGUCGAAGUCCUUUGCUCGUCGGCCAGUGAUCUAGGGUCACUAUACGAGUCGAUUGUCUUUCAACUCCAGCAUGGCGUCCCCAAUCCUGAUGGCGAUGGUAGUCCUGUUGACUUGAGUUCGGAUGCUUGUCUUGACCUGACACGACACAAUGCAUACUUGGCGCUACUACCCUCUAUCCUUCAUGAAUUGGAGCAAGCAGACCGACACGCCGAAACGGUUUUACCGAAGGCUCAAACUGCUUUGCUUUCAGCUGACCAGUUCCACAUGGAUCCCACGUUCAAAGCUAACUCUAUAUCCAUCAUCGAACGACUGGCAUCCAGGAAACAGAAUGCGCGCGUGGCUCGCGACGGUGUUGUCGCCAAUGUCAACCUCCUACGAGAGAUCAGAAAAGUUUGGAUCCCAGCCACCUCAAUACUUCGGGAACUGGACAUCGUUCGAAAUGAUGUAGGCGAGGCAAUGGAACAGCGUCGAUGGCGAUCACGAACAUUGUCUUCGAAUGCUGCUCUCCUAACUCCUGAAAGUCCGAUGCCACCCUUGCCUGCUGCACCUUCCCCACUGCAAUUCACGGACCGUUUGCAACAUCUAGAAUCCAGGCUAACUCAGCAGGUCAUCUCAGCUUUUCACUCAUUCUCCCCUUCCCUGCAACCCGACCUACAAAAUUAUAUGGCUCAACGCUGUGACGGGCUAUCUAUCGUCUUGGACCAAGUCAAACAGAUGAUCCGAUUGGGGGAGAGCAUCUAUAGCCAGGCCUCUAUCAUGGCUGACGUUUCAGAUCAGAUGCAGGCCCUACAAGUUCGCUUAGAGGACAUCAAGGAAAGAUUGGAGGCAGCUUCUAACAGCGUUCUAAAUGCAACAACUUCGGACGAUGUACUUCCUGAGGCACCUGCGACUCUUGAGUCCGAAGUCGUCGAACUCGCGGGCUCUGUUCAAGCAUUCGUAGAUGAUCUUCCCACUCGCGUGCUCUUCGUCUCCACAGGCUUCUCCUCCGCUCAGGGUCUUCACCCAGUGAAGAGACGCUUCUCGUCUGGUGGAGACUUGUCUCUAGAGUCGUUCAAUCACUCAUCGUCCAUUGAAUUGCCCUUUGACCUCUCGACGGUGGACGAUGCCGUUCGCACCGACUCUAACGCCUUCGCGUUGAGUCUGAUGAACGACGUGUUGUCUAUGGAAAGAAGGGUCAAAUUUCUGCGUUUGGCUCAAAAAGCCAGAGAUGUUGAUAUUCAGUUGGCUUCUCUCCUCGACUCUAUACGCCAGGCGUUUGAAGGCCUUACUCCUCUUCAAAAUUCACUUGCGUCAUCUGCCGAGUCAUCUAAUAUGUUAGGACAAUUGGAGUCCUUGAUGACAGAGACAGAACAAUUCUCAACUCGUCACGAGUCUGAGAUGACUCGAGCAUUCUCUGACAUCCGUAUAACACUUCACGAAAUGAAGAGUAUGGCCGACAACCAGGACGCAUCUUUCACCGCUCUGUAUUCAGCUCGGAAUCAGAGCCUUGGCGAUGCAGAACUUAAGUAUAGCUCGUGGCUACAGGAUGUGGCAUCGUUGAAGUCUCGAAUAUCAGAACGUCAGAGGAUAGAGCACGAGCGAAUAUCUGCAGAGCAACGGUUGCGAGAAGAGCAGGAGCGUCUCCAAAAGGAGGAGGCUGCUAGAUUGGAACGCGAACGGUUGGAGGCGGAAGAACAAGCCAGGAGAAUGGAAGAAGAGAGGCUAGCGGAGGAACGGGCGGCUUUGGAAAGAGAGAGAGUGGAGGUGGAGGAGCGGCUGGAACGUGAAAGACUAGAGGUGGAGGAGCUGGCCAGAAUUGAGAAAGAGCGGUUGGAGGCAGAAGAAGAGGCGAGGCUUGAAUUUGAACGUCGAAAAGCAGAGGAGCAAGCCAGAUUGGAGCAUGAGAGGGUGGAAGCUGAGCAACUAGAGAAGUCGGAGCGGGCGAAAGCUGAUGCCAGGCGCGAAGUUGACAGGCUGGCCGCUGUACAGCUUCAGGCGGAAGCGCGAGAGCAACCAAAACUUUUGACAGAGACUCCUGUAGCAGAGAUCUUUGGUCUGCGAGUUGCGCAAUUGUCUGUGGUCGAUGAACUUGACCAAGAGUCUGCUGAGUUGCAGAAGCGGAUACAUGCACUUCGGAAACGUCUCCGCUCCUUGAACAUAAAUGGGGCUGCUAGGCCUUCAGCUUCUGCAGAUGCUCUUCCUUCGCCAGCUCAAUACGCGACGCUUUCUUCUGGUCUAUUCGCAGUAAUUUCCGAAAUGGCGACCCUACCCGCUAGCGUUUCUGCUCAGUCUGUCGAUCUUGAACUGCGAUCCCUCAGGAGUGAAGUCAACGAUUCGAAACCAAUGCUACAGCGGAUACAAAAGCUUUCACUAUUUGCUCAAGCUGUGCAAGACUGUGACGCGUGCCUAAGCGAUCUCCUCGAACACAUCGACAGUUAUCCUGCUCCUCCAGUCGGCCCUCUUGCCUCAGCGCAUGCAUCCCAAACUUCUCUUCCACCCGAAGAGCAGUUGGGCUCGCGGAUAUCUUAUUCUCGUGAUCUGAUUGAUGAUACGAGCCGACAGUUCUCUGGAAUCGCUGACGAUGUAAGGGCGUCAUCAGAGCAGAAGCGGAUCAUGCAGACUUGGAAUGAGCUCGAAUCUAUGGCCUCCGACAUGCUCGAUGGUAGGAAAUCCCGACCGAGCAGCAUCAUGAGUAAUGGGCGAAAUAGCAGGGCGUCCAUCGGUGGUUAUCGUCCAGCUCCCCAGAAGAAGACUAAUCAUUUCUCCACUUUGUCUAUGGGAUCUCCUGCUCCCCUUCGUGGUCGACCACGUCUCACAGCCCCUACACCCACCCGACCCCCUCCAACCACACGACGGGUCGUAUCUACUACAGAGACAAGUCAAUCUAGAGCCUCAAGCAGAAUGUCCGUUGCAUCCACAAAUCGCUCUGUCUCUGAAUCAUUCUCCCCCGCGACAUCAAAUUCUCGAUUAUUCCAAUCGACUUUUGCUUCACGUCAGCGCACUGGCAGUCUGACUUCGCCGCCCACUAAACCAUUGCCUCCUGCCAAGCCACAGCCUCCUCGUAAAUCCAUGAUCACAACACGUCCGCGCGCGCAAACUGGCCAAUCUUCGCGCAUGGCUUCACCUGCCUUGUCGGAUGCCUCUUCCACUUCUCGCUCCUUCGCUCCCCGAUCUACCAAUUCACAAACUCACUCCACGUGGAGUCGUGCGCCUAGGCUGUCAUUCCCAAACUUACCAAGAAGUCCAAUGGUACAAAGCAAGGCUCUACAGACUCGGAAGAUACCAUACGUAGCGAACCCCAAGAACAAACUAGAUGUUGCAGUGGGAGACAUUGUUAACAGCUUGCCGGUGGACAUCAAUAUCCAAGUCGCAGAAGACGGUUGGCGCGACCAGAGCGGUAAAUACUGGAUUGGUGGAGAAGAUGCGAAGUUGUGUUUCUGUCGUAUCCUGCGGUCCCAGACGGUCAUGGUGCGAGUGGGAGGUGGGUGGGUGGAGUUAUCAAAAUUCAUCAGGACGCAUUUUUCUGAUUUGUUUCAUCUCUUGCCCAUGCACGAGUCACCACCGCAACUAGGAUCUAGAGAGGAGAAGUGGUUCAGCUCUAACACUCUAUUAGAAGCACCAGAGAUCAUCACGACGCCACCACAAGCACCGCGCACUCCAGAACCAACAGGGAUAUCGUUAUUUACCUUGUCAUCGGCGAACGGAAGAAGCCCCCAGUCUAUGAAGUCGACCUCCUCGGUGAAUUCCUCGCCAUUGACUCCUUUGCAGUUCAUCAGACGUGCAGACGUCGCUGCUGAGGCUGGCCUGCGCCCUACCACGCCCUCUCGGCCAUUAGGAAGGUCACCAUCAUCCCUUCAAACUUCUCCUGCUCGGACAUCCGUAUGGAAACCAUGAACAAUUUUAUCUUAUCUCUGGGCAUCUGAAUAUUGAACCAUUUACUUGAUAUACGGUAGGCUGCUACUCAGCCUCAUUCAUAAUUAUCUCCACAUUUGAUCAUCUUAUAAAGCUGUUGUUAUUAGCUGUCAAGGACUUGUACUAUAUAGUCUACUUGCCCACGUUCGCUUGUUCGCUCCUCGGACUGUUUACCUACUGAUCGACCAUCGUUUGUCUCCUACUAUCGUCUGCUGCUAUACGAUUUUUUUUUUUGC